AUGCCUCUGCUCAAGGGCGGCGGCGUCAUUGGAAAGGAUGCCAGGAACCGUCUGAUGAGUGGCAAGCUUGACAAGGCACAGAGUGGAUUGGAUGCGCUGAUCCACCAAGUGGAGCCGGCCAAGCUCAAAAAACUCGCUGAAGCCAAGACCACCACGGCUCGCGACUUGCUGAACUUGGCAAACAGCUGCAGCCCGCCGAUGGCCUUUAGCUCUUCCUUCAGGGUCGAUUCGACGAGGCCACCCAGAGCAUCCUCGACCGAGAAUGGCAAGGGCAAGGCGUCGGGAAAGGGCAACAACAAGGACUUCGAUAAGGCCAAGGGCAUGGACUUUGGCAAAGGUCAUGGCAAAGGCGGUGGUGUGACCACCCCGGUGUCGAUUGAUGCGGCUGGCCUUGGCAACGUGCAUGUGCUGCCGUCUUUGAAGCGCACUGGCGGUCCGUGCGCGGCUGGUGUCUUUCUUGCCGCGACCAAGGCUGCAGAGGACAUUGUUCGAGAACUUCAGGCCGAUCCCUGGCCUGCCCCUUUGGCGAUCCUGGUGAUGGGCAACCUCAAAACGAUUGCGGCGCACUGGCAGGACUCUCAGCUGCUGGCCAAGGGAAUUGAGGUAGCUGUGCCCACGUGCCAGGGCGCACGCAAGCUUGUGCGGAAAAUGGUUGCGUUUCAGGUUGGCUCCGCUGCCCUGACCCUCCCCUCGCCUGCUGUCUUUGACUUGGAGGACGAGUUCGAAUCUUACCAGACAUGGAAUAUGCAGGUCAGGCAGCUUUGGGCCCCCGCCGAAAUUUGGCAGGCUUGUUGUGCGCCACAGCCGGCCAAGCCCUCAGCGACAGGCCGAAAAAUCUCUGCGGCCUCUUACCUCUCCGAGCUCCUUAAAACCCUCCUGCUUGCCAAGCUUAAGCUCACGGAGUGCACCGAUGUGGAGGCCUGGAGUGGACGCAAGCAUGGAGAUGCGGACGGGCAUGCCGGGUGCAUCGACUCGUUGAUUCGCAUCCCCCGGCAGUACGAAGAGGCCUUGCGGCGUGCGUCAGGUCAUGAUGGCAUCUUCUUUGAGCGCAAGUUUGUGUCCGAAGAGGCCAAGGAGGCGGAACGUGCAGUGCGGCCCCUGAUUGCUGUUCCUGGCGAAGGCUGGGACCUUGAUAAGAUCCUGGUCACCUUGCGCGAUACUGAGGGUGCUGAGGGCUUUGAGGUUUGGGGCAAGCGCUUGAUGUUGCGGGUGCAGAUUGAUCAUGAGCCGGCUGCUCGCUUCAAGCUCACGGGCAAGGAGCAUGCACCCACUGACCUCCUGUGGAGGAUGUCGGGUGUACCACACAUUAAGCUGGCCCAGCUCGCUGAUUUCCUGAAGGACCGGUUGCUCUGGGACAUUGAGGAGAUCAUCUCUUUCCGGAAAAAGGAUGCCGUUAUCCGGGCGGCCUCGGCCCCUCCGACGGAGUACCAGUGUGGUGGCCAGGAUUUCUGGUCCAUUAUCAUGGGUUCUGAGGUGGUGACCAUUCGCCAAAUUGUUCCUCGGCACCGUCGGCAGGACAAAGGCCCGGUUGUGGACAUCAACUUCGCUGCUACCAGCCGGCCCACACCUAAGGAUUGGAGCAAGCUGCUGACGCCGGUGCCGCAUCCCCCCUCCAUGGGGGUUGACGAUGCCGAGGACCCCGACCUUGAGGAGCCGCAAGGCGACGCGACCAACACCCCGGGUGCCCUAGGCCAGUUCCUGCGCUCCCACGUUGCCACGGAGCUCACCGAGUCGGCCCAGUUGCAGCUUCGGCAGGUGAUUGAGAAGAGUGCGGAGGACAGUGCAGCGCAGCAGCGCUGGAUUGAACAGGCCGUGGACAACAAGCUCGCGAUUUUCCAGCAAGCUUUGGUGGACCAGCAGGCCACAUGGGAGAAGGUGCAGGAUCGCAAGCUCCAGGACCUCCAGGCCUCGCAGAAGGAGUUCCAGGACCUCACCCAGCAGGAGUUCCAGAAUGUGCAUGAUACCGCUGCCACGCGGCACCGCGACCUUAUGAACCAGAUGACUUCGAUGAUGGCGGUGUUGCAGGCGCAUGGGCCCUCUGGGGAAAAGCGCCCUGGUGACUUUCCUGAGCAAGCUGUUGCAAAGGCCAAGGCCAUGCCGAGCGAUUCGGGCAAUGCUACGAUUGAGAUUGUGGACGCAGUGGAUGAGAAGUGUUUUGACAAGGCCAGGUGUGAGGUGCUUCCACCUGGACUGGAAGCCCCUUUGUAUAGCGAGUCUGCCUCUUUGCCACAUGCUAUCACCUGUGGUUUGCUUGUACAGGGGGAUGGCAACCGGCAUACGGCAGAUGUUCUUCGAGGGCAGGGCCGACGUUCCUCUACCGGCUCCUCACCCUCUUUAAAAACUUUGACCUCGCGCUCUUGGGUGCCCACGUGCGAGGCGACAAUCCGUUUGGGGCCGGGGCCCCGACCUUCCUCCAUGGACUCUUGCGGUGGGCUUUGCAAUGCCGCGGCUUCAAGUGGAACCUUGGAGGCUAAGGACGAACCGUGUUUUGACAGGGCCAUGUGUGAUGUGGUUCCACCUGGACCCGAUGUUUUCUCGUAUAGCAAUUCAGCUACCUCGCCACUCGAUGUCACCGCAUGUGGUUUGUGCGUACAGGACGUUGGCACUCAGAUGGUGCCGACGACCCUCUACCGGCACAUGGUCCUCUUCAUGCAGAUUUGGGGCUUCGCGACGCUGUUCGGCACCGUUGUCUGUGUCUUCAGCUCGGCCGAGGCCUCAAGCGGUUUUCGAGAGUGUGGGCUCUUCUCGGCUGCUUGGCGGUGGUUGGCUCGACACGCUGGCUACCUCCUGUUCCUCGGCCUCUUUGUUUUCGAUGCCGCGCUUUUAGCGGCACAACCUGUCAACUGGCAGGUGAGUUUCCUCGGAAUUCGUUUGGGCGAAGCUGCUGUACCCGGCCACCGCCGUCGCGCUGCAAAGGGCUACAACUUGGCCAAAACAGUGCACAACUUGAGGCUUCGCUCCCACAACAUGGGCGGGCUGCGCAGCUGGGACAAGAAAACCCAGCUUUGGUGCGAGGAUGCAGUGGACGUGCACGCCAUCCAGGAGACAUGGGCCGAUGCCAAGGACAUCCUUGAUGCUCGACGGCAUUUCGCCAAACAAGGAUUGCGAUCCUUCUGGAGUGCUCCAGGGCCUACGCGCGGAUGUGGCUCUGGAACUCUGGUGACUGUCUCCCGCCCUGCGGUUGAAAAGGACCACCUUUGGAACACCACGCGUGCUGCAGGCGCAUGGAUCGAAACCACUCAGGUGGACAAUGGCUUCGCUGUCCUCUCCUUCUAUGGCAUUGCUGGCUCCAACGCCUGCAACACCAAGCGUCUGGAGACGGAGCGGCUACUGAUUGCUCUUCUUAGCCAUUUGGGGGCCUAUAGACACAGGCCCAUCUUCCUGUGCAUGGACUCCAACUUGAGUUACGAGAAGAGCGACACCAUGCAGGCCCUCACCAAGCUUGGCUGGACUGACCUGGCGGCUGGGCUUGGCGGCACUUUCAAGGCCAAACCUACGGAUGCAAAUCCUUGCAGUCGCAUCGACUUUGUGUUUGCCAACCCUGCCGCAGCUGGACUGGUGCUGGACGUGCAGCUCCGUUGGCUGCCAGGCUUCCAGCAUGCAGCUUUGGACAUUGAUCUUCACCUUGGCUUGGACACUGGACCGAUCUCGAGGCUGCGAGCUCCUAAACGUAUGCCCCGGGUGCCUACAUUAUCCCAGUGUGAUCUCGACACCUACGAGGAAUGGGCCAACGACACCUGGCAGAACACCUUCGCUUCUGGCUUCAAGGUGGCCCUGGAGCAGAAGGACACUGCUAGUGCCUGGCAGCUUUGUGAGGCCUUCGAUUCGGAGUGCCUCAAAAUGAGGCUGGACUUGGCGGGCAUUUGA